AUGGAGCAAAUCGAGACGCAGGCUUCCGAUUUGCGCUUCCUCUCGCAGGCUCAAGUUCCACUGAGUAACUCGCCCAGCGUGACCUACGAAACACCAAGGCUCGGGCCGCAGCAGCAUGCCAGUCCUGGUUCCGCGUCCUUCGGAGGCAAUUCCGCGACGCCCGGCGACGUGGGCGGCGCCUCAGCUGGGAAGAGGAAAUCGACAGACGAUGGCCAGGCUUCGGCCAAGCAGACGCGCAGCAAGCGAAAUCGAUACAUCUCCAUUGCCUGCAACGAAUGCAAAAGACGCAAGAUCAAAUGCAAUGGCGAAACUCCUUGCAAGCGCUGCGGCAAUAUGGGCCUCAACUGCCUCUAUACCCCAAACUGCUGCGCAAACACCUUCAAGGACUCGGAAGAGUACAAACUCGUCACCUCUCACCUCACAGCCCUCCAAGAUGAAGUCGGCGCCCUCCAGCAGGCCAUGCAGGCCAUGCAAAGCAUGCAGCCAGGUGCGGCGGACCGCUCGCACAUGAUGCCCUCCUCCAUGGACAGAGCCAUCAUCGCACCAUCAAUGAUUGCGCCUUCACCCGCUCAGAGCUCCAUCUCCGGACGCCAGCCUAGCAUUGGCCAGGCAAGGACGCCCGGCGCAUUCCGAGGUUCUACGAGCACUUCGCACAUGAUUGGUAUCGCCCAAACGAAUACUGGAAUCGCCUACCCAGAUCUGCAAGACUCGGGCAGUCAAAUAGAGCCAUCACUCCAGUCACUGCCCGCUGGGUGUGAUCCAAUCCUAGAGUACGGCAACGAUGAGAUGCUUCGCCUAUGUCAGAUCCACGAAGAUGAAAUCGGCAUCAUGUACCCUGUUCUCAACAUGGGAAGCGUCACAGAACAUGCCCGGCAUAUUGCUGCGCAGUUCGAUGCCCUACGACAUCAACCAGGUGCUCAACUAUUCACUGAUGACAAAACGCUGGAGCUCAAGAUGGUCUUGUGCUGUGCGCUUGUGGUUGAGGAGAGCGGCCCUUGUGCAAAGGCGCAGAAGCUUUUCGACAGCAUGGAGCCGGUUCUAAACCGCAAACUUCUUGCCGAAGAAGCAUACAUUUCGGGGCUUCCCUUGCUAUGCAUAUUUGCUGGCUACCGUUUCCUAACCGACGAUGAGGGGUUGGCCUGGCGCGUCAUUGGCCAGGUAUGCCGACUAUGUCUGGAACUUGGCCUACAUCGCUCCCAAGUUCACCAGAGUAUUGGAGAUCCAAUUGAGCGUCAACUAGCUCUCAAUAGCUUUUGGUCUGCGUAUGUGCUGGAUCGCCGCUGGGCGUUCAACACCGGGUUGCCAUAUGUCAUUCAAGAUGCAGAUAUAGACCCCAAGCUAGACUAUCCGACGGAGCACCCAUAUCUCGUUUCCAUGAUAUCCUAUUCCAAGCUGGGCGCAAAAGUUUGGUCUCUUGUCGAGCAGCGCCGAGCCUCAUUCCUCGACAACGACAAACCAUGGAUACAUGAUAUUCAGAGACUUGAUGCGGAGAUUAUUGCUUGGUACGGAUGUGUGCCGAGUGAGGUACAAAUUCGAGAUUGGCAUGAGGAGGGUCACAUAAACUCUACGUCGUCGUAUAAUUUGCAACGACUGAAAGUUUGGACGUACCUCCGAAAGAACCAAAUACGAAACUGGCUGCAUGCACCUAUUCUGCACACCACCAACUCCAUCAACGGCGCCCCCCAUCUCGCAGGUGUCUGUGUCACCGUGGCCAAGGACACAGUUGCCUAUCUCCAUCAUGUCAACAGGCACACAGACAUGGUCCGAAAAUCUCAAGCCUUUUACAGUCAAUUUCUUGUUUCGGCGCUAGCAAUCAUGUUCUUGGCGUCGACUCAAGCCCCCGCCCAGUUCGCAUCUACAUGCAGAGAGGAUUUCUACACAGGCCUGAGCCUGAUUGAAGAGCUAUCACCUCAGAGCCACAUUUCAAAGCGGCUAUGGCGAAUAGUGUGGUCUUUGCGUGACUACCUUCAACAGCUUUACCCGAAGCAGGGCAACGACGCCCAUUCUAACGCCGCGCUGGGCAUGAUUGGUCUUGCCCGUGGCGGACGCAUGGAUCAGCCGGUUCCUCAGUACUCGUAUGGAGGUGUUGGAAUGCACAUGGGAGCAGGAGGGCCUGGAGAUUAUUCCAACGGCGAGGCGAAUGGUGCAAAUGGCGCCAAAUUGUCAAGCCAGCUCUGUGACAUUUACGAAACGUUUGUGACUCAUAAUGGCUUUAAUAACCUGAGACUGGAUCCAAACGACAUGCAAACGCCUGAUCAGGCUCGGGCCAUGGCCCAAAAUCAGUUUUACUGCACCAUGAGGCAAAUGUUCUGA